AUGGUUGCGGAAAAGGCUUUACAAAUGCUUCUCAAAGGCUUGGCCAAUCUCGAGGAUCGUGGUGAUCACAGCGACCUCAUGAUCAUCUGCGGUUCUGACGCCUACGAAGUCCACAAAGCCAUCGUUUGCUCCCAGUCUGAGUUCUUCAAACUCGCAUGUCGCAAACAUACAGACGACGGAGGCGACUUCAAGGAAGCUCAGUCUGGUAUUGUUGAGAUUCCUAGUUACAAGACUGACGCCAAUACCACUGAGCCCGAAGACUUCAAGUGGGAUGCGGAUGAAGAUGAUCCCAAGUGCGUCAAACUCAUGAUCCACUACUUCUACCACCUAGACUAUCUUGAGGUCGAGACCGCCAAGGUCAAGGAGAAGAAGCGUACAGAAGAGAACUAUGACGAGGCUCAUGUACUCAAAGAAGGUCUUCUGAUCGACCACGCCAAGAUUGCCGGCUUUGCCAACUCGAUGAUGGUCAUCUACACCAGUACCAUCGACAACGACAUGGACCUUCGCAACGUCAUCAUCAAGAUUCUGAAAAACGACAUUACCAAUCUCAUGAAGAAGCCCAAGAUCGAUCAGACUGUCAAAGACCUUCCUCUGCUCUCGCACGCCCUCCUACGCAAGAGCUUGAAUCUUCCGUAG